UGUGUGGCGGAGGGGCUUCUCUUUGGGGCUUCUGCGCUGGAAUCACAUCAACUGUUUGGGGCGAUAAACCAUUCUAAUGAACGCAAGCGUUUGUUCUGGUGGGGGGAAUUCGCCAUCCGACACCGAAGGGUUCUGUCUGUGUGAAAUAGGGAAUGAACGACGAGACAGCAUCGGACAGCUGGAAAAGAAACUCCGGGUGCUCCAGAACGCCAAAACUAUAUGACCCAAUUUAUCACAAGUCGACCCAAUUUACUGUAAAAUAAGUAUUGAGCAAAUGCUGGCUGUGAAUCCCGGAAAGACGCCCAUCAGUCUACUGCAGGAAUAUGGAACGCGGAUAGGCAAAACCCCAGUGUACGACCUGCUGAAGGCCGAGGGACAGGCCCAUCAGCCCAACUUCACGUUCCGCGUCUCCGUCGGAGAGAUCAACUGCACCGGCCAAGGGCCCAGCAAGAAAGCGGCCAAGCACAAAGCAGCUGAGGCUGCUCUGAAAAUGCUCAAAGGAGGCCUCGGCGGUCCAGCUGGAGUCAGUAUUGCAACGGACGGGUUUAUUGCGGUUGAUGUAUCAAUUGAAGGAGACAGCUCCCAGUCAGAGAUGAAGACGUCAAGCAGUUCUCAGCAGUCUGAAUGUAACCCAGUAGGGGCUUUGCAGGAGUUGGUUGUGCAGAAAGGAUGGCGCUUACCAGAGUACACAGUCACCCAGGAGUCUGGUCCAGCACAUCGCAAAGAGUUCACCAUGACCUGCAGAGUUGAGAGAUUUGUAGAAAUUGGAAGUGGGACAUCUAAGAAGUUAGCCAAGAGAAAUGCAGCAGCUAAGAUGUUAUCACGAAUACAUGAUGUGCCAGUAGACCUGAGGAGCAGCAAUGAAGCCGACGCAGAAGACGAUACAUUUAACAUGCACAUGGGAAGCAGAGCGGAGUCGGGCAAAAGUAAAGGCUACAGCUGUACGUGGGACUCCCUGCGCAACUCUGCUGGAGAGAAAAUCCUCCAGCUCCGCAGCCACCCCCUGGGAAUGCCCUCUGACUCCAACUUCUGCGCGUUGCUGAGCGACCUGUCUCUGGAGCAGCGCUUUGACGUCAGUUACCUGGAUUUAGAGGAGCGCAGCCUCAGCGGCCUGUGUCAGUGUCUGGUAGAGCUGUCCACUCAGCCAAUCACAGUGUGCCACGGCUUUGCUGCAAACCUAGAUGCUGCCCGAGCCAACGCAGCUCACAACGCACUUCAGUACCUCAAAAUUAUGGCAGGAGGGAAGUAAGGGGGCCCUGUCGAUUUUCCUUGCAGACUUGAACACACCACUACACAGUGCCAUUAUGCAUUUCCUGUUUGGACAACGGAGGUAUUUUUGUGAAGAACCCAACAAAUAUAAACAACCGUAGAUUUAAAAAAAAAGAGAGAAUUAUCUUCUUUUUUUUUCCCCAGUCUCAUUGAUAUCCGAUAGGUGCCAGUAAAGAUUUGAUUGUCUAAAAAAGAAAAAAUCAUCAAUUUCUCAGCUUGCAUAUUUGUCACAAAUUGUUUUAAAAUGUAUUUUCCACAAUUUUUACAUUUAGUCUUUAUGUCAUCCACUGUAGUUUAUUAAAUAUAACUUUUAAAGAGUAUAUCUUUCAAAUUAGAAACUGUGCCCUUUUGAGGAGUUCGGCCUCACGAUUGACUUGAACCACCCAGAGACUCUUAUGAAUCAGGUGUUGGAAUCACUAUUCUAUUUAUUUGUUGGUAGUUUAAAAAAAAUCCCACUUUUAAUGGAUGGAUGUAAAAACAAAACAAACAAAAAAAACCUUCAGUUGUGUUAUUAUGUAGAGAGAGGGUUUAUUUCAAAGGCCGCCCCUUUAAUAAAUGAGUUUGCAUGAGUGUCAGCAAACAAGACUUUAGUGGUAUUUUAAUGUGAACUCCACAGGCUUAACUGUUUGUUGCUGUCAUGCUCUUAAUGUUUAGCCACGCUAUCUUCCAGGUCAUGAAGUGAAAUUAGGUGUAUUAUUUUUGGAAACGCUUAAUUUGAAUUGCCUUGUCCAGUUUCUUUACAGUGUCAUGGUUAUCUCUAUUUUAGAUAGCACACUUUGCAUUAGGAGCUUUGUAAAUGUAUUUGUUUGAGCAGUUUAUGCAUUUAUGACCAUCUCAAACAGGAAGAACUGCAGCGGGUUUUAAGAUGAAGCUUUGUCUUGUUAUAAUCAUUAAACAUAUUCAAACCUUCUAUUUAGCUGGCAUAUGACAGACCCGAAGAAUAAAGCUACCACAUGUUAUAAUGUGGAGUUUAAAUAUUACCUCAAGAAUUUUGUGUGUCGAACCCCCAGCAUAAUUAUAUCCUUGUGUUUUCCAUUUUGUUCUCUGUACCUUUUCUGAUUGUGACUUGCAUUGAAAUAUGAACAAAUGAUGAGGAUUUUCCAGUUUGUAUCCUUUGCAUACCUGUUGUGUCUAAGAUUUCUCUACAACUGACUCUGGAGGGGAGGUGGGGAAAGAGGGGGUUGCACUCGAGGGCAACAAGUGGCAUAUCUGUGGGAUGUAACAAAACGCUUAUUCUCAGAAAAGGCUGUUGCCCAAGUCUUUUUUUUUUUUCUUUUUUUUUUUAAAAGUGAUUCUUAAAAUAAGGAAGUUAACUGCCAUUUUUUAACUUUAGGUGCUGAAACCACUGGUGUUAAUGCAGAGAAUACAUAUAAGGGAUCUCUUCGUGGUCGCAGGACAAAAUGUUAAAAAAAAGAAACAUGUUAAGGAAAUAUGAGCUACAAUAGAAUUUGUAGCUUUCCGUUUUAUUGUUGUUAAGUUUCACCUUAUUAAAUUACUGCUCUAUUACAAUACAGUCCACACUGUGUUUCAAUCAGAACUUUUACUUCUUCAUGAAAUUCUGCUCACGUCUUAAGACAUUUCAACCACUUGAAGAUGGGAGUAAAAGCCAGCGCUUGAUCCAUGUCUCAAAUGCUUAGAUGACCGAGCUCAAGUGUUCAGGGGCAGGAAACUGUUCAGAUGCACAAUGUUGCAAGCAUUGGUCCUAUCAUCCUUCCCUUAUCUGCUCCGUCUGUGGUUAGGGCGUGACUUCUUCAUCUGCGUAGCCGCUGCUGUCAGACUGCAUGCUGUCUCCCCGAGCCACUUCACCUACACAAACACAUAAAUGCAAUCAGUUGUUCUCAGUGAUUACGUUUACAUGCAGUCAAAAUUCUGGUUAUUACUAAUAUUCCGGUUACUGAAACAUUCGGAAUAUUCCGUUUACAUGCGUGAGCAAACAGGGUUAUCCUUUUAUACAUGGUAAUUAAUCAUUUGGGAUAUCUGGAUCAAACCAGUGACGCACGGAGAACGUGAUGACGCAAUUACCGUCAUUUCCGCUUCUUCUUCCUGUAUCCAAAUUCAAAACAAAUGCUGCUUUGCGCAACUUUUCGCUCACCUUCUUGUAAAUCUGGCUAUCCAUGUACUUUCUACCGUCUACAAAUGCCAAAAUGUUCAUAUCCUUCAUUACAUUUAUGAAGUGAUUAGUCUCCUCACUCCAAAAGUGUGGCGUGGUCUUGCGUUUCGCUGUGUUUUAGAAGAACUUCCUGGACUCAAAAGACCAGGAUUCCUUGCGAACAGACCAUGCGCAGAAAAUAAAUUCCUGUUCCGUUUGAUCGGGAUAUUCCGUUUGGCGUUUACAUGACCCAAUAUUCGGGUUUUAAAAGGAGUAACCCAGGGGUCAUAUUCGGGUUUUUAAAAACCGGAAUAUGAGCAAAUUCGGAUUAUUCAAAGCGGUUAUUAUAUUAUUGGUGUUUACAUGGGCGUGCAAAUUCGGGUUAUUACCAAUAUUCAGGUUUUAAAAGGGUUAUUGAGUGCAUGUAAACGCAGUCAAUGUGCUGCAAACUCCAACACGUAAGCAGCUGCAGUCUGACCUAAAUUGGCAAAGAGCAACAUCAUUUUCCCUCUCAUGAAAACACCUGCACAGUGACCUGUAUGUCAGAGAGCACCCCGCUCACGGUAACUCGCAUACAUAAGUUCGUCUGAUUUACUGAGUUUCCCAUGAUUCGUGUACAAAGAAAGAAAUACAAAAGAAACUUUGUGCAAACUAAGCUAAAACAAGGGCAGCUGUUACCGUGUUAACUGAUAACAUCCUUCACACCUUUAUAGCUUUAUGAACGGCAAAUUGCCCUCAAGCCUAAAACAAAGUUACAUUCCUGUGAAAUGUGAUAAUGCAAAAGGAGAUUUAAGAUAAACAAAUAAAAUAUGUACAUUCAUUACAUUUGUAUUGGCGUUUCUUGGACUUGGGUGAUGUGAGUGUUCCCGUUGUUCUCUGUUGCCCAAAGUCUUCCUCUCCUGCACUGUGAACCUGUAGAAAUAGAUGGUAGAAGUAUGUGUUAAUUAUUACUUCUCUGCUUCAACAACUAGGAAAAUAAUAUAAACCAUUGAAGCUGAACAA